CUCACCUUCGGAAAUGUAUGGUAUUCGACGCCACUUGAUUAGGUUCCAUAGCAAAUCCUGAGCUAAUUUGUCCAAAUUCAUCCGAAGAAGACGGAAGCUCAUGAAUGCAGUAAGCAACAUAUGUAACGAGUACCACUAUACAUUCUGAGAUCACCACGAUAACGAAAGAUAAAGAUGGCGCAUUGGCAAAGCAUUGUGAGAGUCCUGUUGCUAUUUAUAACGCACGUGCUGGCCGAUUUCUCAUGCAUUUGUAACUACAACGUCGAGUGCGCAGUGUAUGCUUCGACAUCCGCAGGCUCCCCUUUUGGUUACCUCUACGAGUUUGACUGCAAACCGGAAGGUCCACCAUCCAACGAUCCAACUUGGGUUAUCAUCCAGUAUGAACAUAAAUACGGAUACGUUAAGGUGGUCAAGGACGUUGAGACGCAAAUCUGCCCAGGGGCACCACCCGAGGAAGAUAUAGUCACUACAACGAAAGUCCCAACAACAACACCAUUGACAACGACGACGAAAACAACACAGGGUUCUCCUACACAAACCACAACAAACACCACCACUACAACUACGACACCAAUACAAACUUCUUCAACACCACAACCGUCUACAAGCACAACAACAACAACAACGGCAUUACUCAUAACAACAACUCAGACACACUCAACCACAACAACACCUUUACAAAAUACUUAUCAAUCAACAAUUGCGACUGCGAAUGCCACCCGAAGUACUACCCCAAAACAAGCAACGAAUCAUGGAACCACACAUAUCAAAACAACAGUGACAACAACAGCUAAUUAUGUUGUACAACACACACAAGUUCAAUACGGAUGCCCCCGGCAGUACUUUCAGAAUGCUCAACUUUAUCAUGGAACGCUUUUCACACUGGAAAGCACUUGCUAUGAGAUUGUUCAGACGCAAGCGUCAUGGCGUCAGGCGGAAGCGGAUUGUUUGGCCAAGGGAGGUCAUCUUGCCCAUAUUCCUGAUCAGCAUCACCAGGAUGUCAUAUACCAGGUGAUUAGUCAGCAUCUCGGAAAUGACGUCUGGAUUGGAUUAAAUGACAUGAACGAGGAACAACAAUAUGCGUGGUCCUCAGGUGACCCAGUUGCUUACACGUAUUGGGCAAGUGGCUUCGAGAAUUCCAUGUUUCACGGUAUUGAAGACUGUGCUGGACUUGGAGCUAAAUCCUACCAUGGCCGCUGGGAUGAUAUCGCGUGUUCCAGCCGUUUGAACUACAUCUGCGAAUUCAAGUCAACAAGGACAGUAACAUUUGCGACGACAACACUGAUGCCUCAAGUCUUCAAACCAGAUGGAGACAUUCACAUGUGUCCUAGAUCGGUGCAGGAAGACAUUCGACGAUACAAUUACCCCCUGGCUCAACAUGGUGACAGCUGUUACGAACUGCAGACACAGAAGAAAAUCUGGGCCCACAGCGAGAACAUUUGUAAGCAACUAGGCGGUCAUCUAGUAACAAUAAACAGUGCGAGUGAGCAAGCCUUCGUGGACGCCUUUAUGGCGCGUCAUAAUCCUGGCAAUGCUGUCUGGAUAGGACUUCAUGACCGGAAGGUUGAGGGACAGUUUGAAUGGACUUCAGGCGAACAUGUUACCUACACGAACUGGGUUCCAAACCACAUGAGCAACUAUGAGAAUUACCUCACUGAGGACUGUAUUGCACUAUUCCCUUACCAGAGUGACCAGUGGGACGACAUGCCGUGUGGGGAACAAGACUCUACCUUUGGAUUCGAAAUAGGGGAGAAACAUUACACCUUCUGUGAAUACAUGUACUAUUUAGUAUCCCUGUUUGAUUCUGACCUGAUGACACCGAUUUCAACCAAGAUGAUGAAAUACCACGCAGUAGUCUGUGGAACGAAUCGUAUUUCUCCGCUGAAAACUGCAAUGGACAACAAUGGGAAAUCACGCAGCUGACUUUGGUUUAAUUUGAUUUUGUCAGCUUGUAUUUUAAUGGACAACCUCUAUAAAACCUCACAACCUCAAAUUUGUUACGAACAAUGAGCAUCUUUUUCAAUUUAUGUGUGUCUCUAGAAAUUAUAAACAGCACGGUUUUAUUAUAUUGCAGAGAUAUCAACCAGUUACGGAAGUGAAGUUAUGAUCGGAUGAAAAGUUGAUCUGAUUGUUUCUAAAACAUAACAAAUACAGAAUUUAAAUUCAAGUUAUUUUUUAUUUUACAACACAAAUUUCUGCAUACUUUUGUCGCACGAGCAAUAUUGUUUUCAUAGAAUGUAUCAAAUCAAGUCUAGUUUAAACCUAUUGAUUUCAGCUGGAGUGCAUAGAAAGCCUAAGGUUUUUUUGAAACGCUCUCGAGUCCGUUUCCUGUGCCUAGAACGAGUACUUGGUGUUUAUGAGAAAGAUCUAAAAAAACGCUCCCACAGUGGGGAUGAACCCGUGACCUCACGGUUGCGACGCGGACACCUAUAUUGCUUUGUAUCAAAUUAAGUUCAUAACCACUAACAAAAAAUUGUGUAAGGCAUAAAAUAUGCCAACAUUAAAGAGGAAUCACGAUGGUGUAAACUUUUAUUUACAUAAGAUAACUCAUACAAAUAGAAUAAAUAUUUAACCUUUUAUAUCGAAUCAUUAAUAAAUACUAUCACAAUU